GAUCGAGUCCGGCUUGGGGAACUUGUUGGGGGAGAAAAGUGGAGCAGAGAGCAAAGAUUGGACUCCAGAUUUUUCGUCGGCGCACCACCAUGAAAGAUGAUUAACGACAGUCACGGAGUUGAGGGCUUCCAGCCCCUCUGGAACUUGAGCGGUUCACUGAUGAACCAGUCAGCUGACCUGCUGUCCAACUCCUCCUGCAACGAGUCCACCAACGACUCGUCCACCUGCCCGUCCGUGGACAAUGGCGACGCGGCGGGAAGCCCGUACAAGGCCUUGGAGAUGUUCUUCAUCGCCUUGGUGACGGGAUCUCUGAGCUUUGUGACGGUCACGGGGAACAUUUUGGUCAUGCUGUCCAUCAAAGUGAACCGCCACCUACAGACGGUCAAUAACUAUUUCCUGUUUUCAUUGGCGUGUGCAGACUUGAUCAUCGGCGUCUUCAGCAUGAAUCUGUACACGGUCUACAUCAUCGUGGGCUACUGGCCGCUGGGCCCGGUGGUCUGCGACUUGUGGCUGGCUUUAGAUUACGUUGUUUCCAACGCCUCGGUCAUGAAUCUGCUGAUCAUCAGCUUCGAUCGGUACUUCUGCGUGACCAAGCCGCUCACGUAUCCCACCAGAAGGACCACCAAGAUGGCCGGAUUAAUGAUCGCAGCCGCGUGGAUCCUGUCUUUCAUCCUGUGGGCGCCCGCCAUCUUGUUCUGGCAGUUCAUCGUCGGGGAGAGGACCGUGCCAGCGGGCGAGUGUUACAUUCAGUUCCUUUCCAACCCUGUGGUGACCUUUGGGACGGCGAUAGCAGCUUUUUACCUUCCUGUCAUCAUCAUGACCGUCCUGUACAUCAACAUCUCCCUGGCCUCCAGGAGCAGGGUGUCCAAACACAAGCCUGAGAAGAAAGAGAAGAAGGGGAUAAAGACUCCCAGCUUAAUGAAGAGUCAUCUUUUAAAGCAGAACAACAACAACGAGACCAGUCCCCAGGCCAGUCCGCGCUCCACUCCCAAACUCAGCCUGGACUCCACCACCACCGCCGUGGAGUCCGUGAAGAACGGCCGCCUGGACGAGGCCAAGGCGGCUCAGUCGGCGCAGUCUCAGCCCAGCCCGGGAGUCACUCAGGAGGAAAAGGAGAGCUCCAACGACUCGUCCACAGCCUUCAUUCCUCCCACAGAACCGAAGGACAACGCCAACAGCGAGGCCGCGGCCGAGACCGUCACCAAUCCCGAGCCGAUUGCCACGACGGCAAGCAGCUCCGCCAUGGCCAAGAUGAACUCCAGCUCCAGGUGGUCCAAGAUCAAGAUCGUAACCAAGCAGGCCGGGGACGAGUGCAUCACGGCCAUCGAGAUCGUCCCGCCCGUAGAGGGAGCCGAGAGGCACUCCAUCCCCAUCAGUCGCCCUCGCACCGUGGCCAGAAAGUUCGCGAGCAUCGCCAGGAGCCAAGUGAAAAGGAAACGGCAGAUGGCGGCCAGGGAAAAGAAAGUAACCAAGACGAUCUUCGCCAUCCUGCUGGCCUUCAUCAUCACAUGGACGCCGUACAACGUGAUGGUGCUGAUCUCCACCUUCUGCCACUCCUGCGUCCCCGACACCGUGUGGGCCAUCGGCUACUGGCUGUGCUACGUCAACUCCACCAUCAACCCGGCCUGUUACGCACUGUGCAACGCCACCUUCAAAAAGACUUUCAAGAACCUGCUGCUGUGCCAGUACAAAAACAUCGGCACCAGAUGAGAUGGGUGGAGGAGAUCAGGGAGGGGUGGAGCGGGGGGAUGGAGGUACGCC